UAUGUCUUGAAAUGAAUAGGCAUAAGUCAUAUCUUAAACAUGGGCUUGUUGCAGAUAGCUCAUAGAUUCGAGUAGACGUAUUUAGCCACAUCCUGAAGGCGAUAUCUUUCUUUAAAGGGUUCGUGGAUCGACCUAUCCAAUCAAUAAAAUGACUUGCGAUUCCUGUAGCUUUCCAGUAGACGACAGUUUCCAUGUCCACCUUUCAGGUAUGAAUGAGUUUCUGUAGGGCCAGUGCUAGGAUAGCGUUGAACAGUCUUCGGCUCACCUUCGUCUUCGCCCUACGCCAAUCUACUUAUCAAACCCACAACAAUAAGAGAAAUGCAGUCAUCCUCACCGCACGGAUCCGGCUCCCGCACCUCUAGAUCUACGGGCGAAGAGCCUAAGCGUGUGAAGCGAUACUCGCUGCGGAUCGAAUUCCUCGAUGACGACGAUGAUAUCGAAUUCGACAGAAGACGCGAGGCUGCGCACCGUCGGAGAAGAUCCAACCAAGGCUCUUCAUCUUCUCCAAGAACAUCUAACGGGCAAUCGGAACAUCCGCAGGAGACCAGUCAACGAUCAAGACGGACCUCGGCGAGCUCGACCAACGCAGUCGUCGGGUCCGUAAACCGCAGUGGCCCUCCACCAUCGGCAGCGAGACCACCUUCAGCCCGAGGCUGGCAUGAAGGGACCAGACCACACACUAUUCAUACAAGUCAGCGCGGAGAAAACCACUCAACCACGGUAGAGCAGCUCUCCCGAGACUUUACCCGGCAGAUGUCCGUGCAAGACUGUAGCGACGCAGACCUACCCGAGCGCUUCCAGCGGCAAAUGUCGCUAGGAGACCACGGCUCAACCGCCGAACGCCCAAGCUCACACAGACCUAGGAUCAGGCAACCCUCGUGCAAGGACGCCUACGCGCAGACCGAUUUAAGGGGCUUGGGUUGGUCGACCCUCAAUCUGCCGCACCACCGCUCGCCCGCCCUCGCAUCCGCGUCGUUGCACCCUGUGCAUCCAAGCCAGGGCAAUCCUAACACGGAGGCUAAGUUCGUCGCCGCCAAGCAUCGGACCGACACCCACCUCUCUCCUCUUAUUCCACAUGCUCCCGCACGCUCUACAACGACGACCUGGCCGACGAUCAAACCACCGCAACCUAUACCCCGACAACCGACGCCUAUGCCAUCUCCGGCUCGUAGUCAGCGGUCUGCCAGCCGUUCCGGGUCGCAACGUAGCGAGAGGCAAGAACAGCCGAAGCGGAAGUCAUUGCUUCCGAGAUUUUUUUCGCAUGGCGGUCGCGAGCCCAGUAGAGGAAGGGAUACGGAACCUCGGUAAGGGGCUACUUAGGAAAGGGUAGGUGGCAGCUAUGCGAAAAGAUAGGUAAAUACGGUCUAAAAGUGUAGUCUUAUGCUGGUUGGCAUUCUAGCUAGCGGAUGUGCUGAGCAGAAGGAGCAAGUAAUUUGGUAGUUACCUAGGUACUUAGAUAUUAUGGGCAGCAAUUCGAUUGAGAUAGACCUACAUACAUCGUCCUUCAUUGGGGAGUUGCGCGAAUCGAUUUGGGUUAGGUUAUACGCCUUGAAAGUGCUUGUGAAGGAGGUAUUGACUUACUUGGCAAGCCCAAUUACCAGACCUCGUAA